GAAGUGGGCGCUGCUGGCCUGAUGUUUUGGAGCGGUUGGCCCGGUGAUCCCUAGGCUUCCCAGAGAGCUGCAAAAAAAUGCAAGCUACUCUCCACCAGUCACUUACGCGCCACCACCUGCUUGGCCUCUUGGCUCCUUUGACCCUCUGCUGAAGUGCUCCCAUGUGGAACAGAAAUCUCACAGACGCCAGGGCAGUGGAGAGUUCAGGGCCAUGCUUCCAGGACCGAGGAACAGUUUGGGGAUGUUCAGCAGCAUCCCUGGCCUCUAUGCGCUGGAUACCACUCGCGCCCUGUCCUGUUUCCCCUGGUCAGACAAAAGUUCCCCAGGGCAGGGGACGCAAAGUCGCCUCUGGCUUUGAACCACUGUUGGACCUGCAGGGCUCGGGGGUGAUCAAGGCUGGCUUUGCAGGAGACCAGAUUCCCAAAUACUGUUUCCCAAACUAUGUCGGGCGGCCUAAGCACAUGCGGGUGAUGGCCGGAGCCCUGGAGGGGGACCUCUUCAUCGGACCCAAGGCAGAGGAGCACCGGGGGCUGCUGGCCAUCCGCUACCCGAUGGAGCACGGCGUGGUGCGGGACUGGAACGACAUGGAGCGCAUCUGGCAGUACGUGUACUCCAAGGACCAGCUGCAGACCUUCUCGGAGGAGCACCCGGUUCUCCUAACGGAGGCCCCACUGAACCCCAGCAAGAACCGGGAGAAGGCGGCGGAGGUAUUCUUCGAGACCUUCAACGUGCCAGCUCUGUUCAUCUCCAUGCAAGCCGUGCUCAGCCUGUACGCGACAGGACGCACGACAGGAGUGGUUUUAGACUCAGGGGACGGGGUCACUCAUGCUGUCCCCAUCUAUGAGGGCUUCGCCAUGCCACACUCCAUCAUGCGGGUGGACAUUGCCGGCCGGGACGUCUCCCGCUACCUCCGGCUGCUGCUGCGCAAGGAAGGGGCGGAUUUCCACACGUCGGCGGAGUUUGAGGUUGUCCGGACCAUCAAGGAGCGAGCCUGCUACCUGUCCAUCAACCCGCAGAAGGACGAGGCGCUGGAGACGGAGAAGGUGCAGUACACCCUGCCCGAUGGCAGCACGCUCGACGUAGGGCCUGCACGCUUCCGGGCCCCCGAGCUGCUGUUCCAGCCGGACCUGGUCGGGGAUGAGAGCGAGGGGCUCCACGAGGUGCUGGCCUUCGCCAUCCACAAGUCCGACAUGGACCUUCGCCGCACGCUCUUUGCCAACAUUGUGCUCUCAGGUGGCUCCACGCUGUUCAAAGGUUUUGGGGACCGGUUACUGAGUGAGGUGAAGAAGCUUGCUCCAAAGGACGUCAAGAUCAAGAUCUCUGCCCCUCAGGAACGCCUGUAUUCCACGUGGAUCGGGGGCUCCAUCUUGGCCUCGCUGGACACUUUUAAGAAGAUGUGGGUGUCCAAAAAGGAGUACGAAGAGGACGGCUCCCGUGCUAUUCAUCGAAAGACCUUCUGAUGCCUGGGAGGGUGGAGUGUGUCCUGAAGACAGGAGGACGGGGAAGCAGAGGCCUGGACCCUUUCUGGUCAGGGUCGUCUGCAUGCCCUGAGCCCUCAGGCAGGCACUGCCCUGCACACACACAUGCACACACACACACAUAUGUACGCACAUGUAAUUUUUAGCUGCAUGGAUGCGGUCUCCAGCUGGAGCUGAGGCUUUGAGGAGCCCGUAUUGGGCUGCUUGGGGCGUCUCCCUUGUGGACCGACUUAGGCCAAGGGUUCCUCGCUCUGACUUUUGGAACUGCUUCCCCGAGCUCCAGGACCAGACACCCAAAUCCCCCAGUUCUCUGGCAGGCGCCACGCUGGGCCCUGGGGACCGUGCUAGAAAGGGGCAGCCAGCAGUGCAAGCAGGGGCAGCGGGCACGGGUGCAUCUUACACCACUGCCUCUGCCCGGGCCCACGGCCACCCGCACCUGUGCACACGUCCCCAGCAAGGGCUGUGGCCUGGGGUCCGCCUCAGGUGCCGGGGGCAGCCACAGCACGUGGCCUGUCACCCUUCCCCCUCCAAGCACGGCAGUGGCAGCCGCGCGUCUCCCUGCCCCAUACCCUGGCCCAGAAGGGUUGUGGUCUGUGCUGUUGGAGGGGAGCAGGGAACGAGUCAGGCGGGGCUGAGCAGGGCCUCCUCCCUCCCCAAGGACGGGGUCUUCGCUGUGGUCGGGCCCCACCUCGCUCUCCAGAUGUGUCCCAUAACUUAACACAGCUGCCUGAAAAAAACAUUCUUUUAUAAAUCAUUAUAGUAAUAAUUACGGACAAAGCC